AUGUUCCACGAAGGCACUUUACAGAGUGGCAUCGCGCUCGCGAUCCAGGAGCAGAAGCUCGUUGCUUGUUUCGUGCGCGAUGACGGCGCAACGAGCAAAGAAUGGGAGGAAGAAUGGCUACAAAGUGGAUGGCUAUCAACCCUGCUCGCCCAGAAAGCCGUCCUCUUGCGCCUUCAGGCCGGCUCGACCGAAGCAGGCUUCCUAGCAGCCUUUUCCGACAUUUCGAACAUUCCUACUUUCGUCGUCAUACAGAAUGGGCAAUUACAGGUUCAACUGAAGAGCGAUGUGACCAAGGAGGAGUUUAUCAAUUCGAUAAGGAGGGUCCUUGGGGCAGAGCCCAUUCCAGGCUCCAGUACAGCGCCAACAUUAGCGCCACAAGUAGCUACUACAGAGCCCGCUGAUAACAUGGCACCAGAGAAUGCUGAAGAUGAUCUGUUUGGACCAUCCGAGCCACAGCCGACUGUAGCAGCCACAACACAAUCAGCGAACCUAAAGGGAAAGCAGAAAGCAGCCCCAGCCCCAGAAUCCAAGUCCGAGCCUUCCACAAAAACUGUGAGCGCCGCACAACAAGCUGCUCGAGAUGCGCUACGGAAGAAGAAAAAGGAGGAAGCAGAAGAGCUAGCCCGCGUAAAAGCACGAAUAGAAGCGGACAAAGUUGCGCGCAGAGCACAAGCCGAGCAGCGCAAGGCAAACCGUCAGCAAGAGCAAAGCAGCACUCAAGCCCAAAGUGGGACGGAAAAUCAACCCCACAAAUCUUCAUCCCGAGGAUCACAAGCCAAGGUUGUGAACUUGAACGUUAGGCUAUUCGACGGACGCACAAUACGCUCUUCAUUCGCACGAACGGCGACGCUGGAGAAGGAGGUUCGGUCAUGGGUGGAUAACGAGUUCUCCAAGCUCGCCAAAGAUGAUCCGAAUAUCAACAACAAACAGCUACCUCCCUACUACUUUCGCCACAUUCUGCCCCCGCAGCCGAGCCGGGAGCUCUCUGCUGGAGAUGAGAGCCAGGCGCUGGGCGACAUCGACCUGGCACCGAGCGCCACACUGGUCCUCGUGCCAGUCAAGGGAUACACCGACGCCUACUCUGGCGCCAGCGGCGGCGGCAUCGUCGGUACGGCCACGGGCCUCGUCGGCGGUGCUUUUGGCCUGCUCUCUUCCACCGUAGGAUUCGUGGGCAGUACGCUGGGUUCCGUGAUUGGGAUUGGCGCAGCCCCCGCGCAAGCUCCUGCUGGCCAGACAACGAGUUCACACUCGAGUCAAGCUCAGCGGCAGCAACAGCCUUCCACGGCUGAGGUACCGAGUGUGCGCGUACGUACGCUGGCGGAUCAGAGGGCGAGAGAGCCGCGCGACCAGCAGUUUUAUAAUGGAAAUCAGGUAUGUGCCGGCGGGGAUGGAGUGGGACUCUGA